UAUUCUGUCUUCUACUCCUCUCCAGAAAUCGAGUUCAGGUCAUCGGUGAAAUAGUUGUGUUCCCGGCGAGUGCUUCUUCUACUUUCGUCUCUAUUCUGGACGCCAUCUAAUAUCUAGGAUUCUCCUGUAUUUCACCGUUAAGAGCCAUCAAACAUGUCGUCGCUGCGUAAUUGUGUUCCGCGGCCUGCUCACAAGGAGCGAUCUCAACCUCAAGCGAGGAAGAGGUUUGGUAUCCUCGAGAAGCAUAAGGAUUAUGUUAUCCGAGCUAAAGCUUUUCACAAAAAGCAGGAAACUUUAAAGAUACUUAGACAGAAGGCAGCAUUCAAGAAUCCAGAUGAAUUCAACUUUAAGAUGAUCAAUAGUAAAACAGUUGAUGGAUAUCAUAGAUCAAAGGAUGAGGUAAAUAAAUACUCUGCAGAAGAGCUCAUGAUAAUGAAGACCCAAGAUAUAGGAUAUGUGUUCCAAAAAUGGCAGAGUGAGAAAAACAAAAUUGACAAGCUUACUGCAUCACUGCAAUGUACUGAGGGUCAGUCUAGUCGUAGACAUGUUUACUUCGCAGAAGACAGAGAGGAGGCUAGAGAACUGGAUUUACAAAGUAGAAGCAAAAGUGAUAUCUCUGCGAUAGAGAUCCCGAAAGAUAUUAAAAAGAAAAUGGAUAGGUCCUAUAGAGACCUUGAGGCACGGAAGAGCAGGGCUAAAGAUUUGGAAAAGUUAUACAUGGAUAUGUCAAUGCAGAAGGAAUUACAGAAAAAGGGUCGCAAACGUAAGCUGCGUGAAGACGAGAUACUGAAUCCAAAUGGUAAACCGGUAUACAAAUGGCGUGCUGAUAGAAAGCGCUGAAGAAAAGCUUUCAUGGUUGUGUAGCUUCACAUCAUUGUUCUGAUCUCUACUAAAGUUUAUAUAGCAGAGUUUUAUUAUACUUUUUGAUCUUUAGAACCUGCAAACAUUAGAUGCAAAUUUUGGUGGGAUAUUUUUGUUUACUUUAAACUUUAUUUUUGUUGGAUAUCUGGAAAAGCUUUUGCUAAUGUGAUUGACGAAAUUUAAACACA